AUGACCGAAGCAACACACGAUGUCAUAUCCAUUUCCUCAUCUGACGACGACUCGGACUGUCAAAUUGUGAAAGUCAUUCCGUCGCCUCGCGGUCAAAGGAAGAGCAAAAUGAGGUGGCAGUACCAUGCUCGCAGCUUGCGAAGGGCUAAUAAAGGGAGAAAGAGGAUGGCACGCCAGCGAAACGAAGACGCAUAUGAUGAUCAUCAAGACAAGGAACCGACAUCAAAGGGAUAUACACCGCAUUCCGAGGCAGAUUUGAUAGCAGUGAGUGGUGAUGCUGCUCGCAAUGAUUGCUCCCAAAGCGUGGACCAAAGCAUUGAUCCAUUACGCUUCGGCUCCAUGGCCAAUCAUUCAUCUAGUCAUGAGACAAGUGAUGCCAAGGCGGAAAGGCCUGAGAUGAUGCGUGUCGAUCCGAUAGAUCCCUUGGCGAAUCGACAUCAUACCGCCGAUCUGGGGCAUGCGAGCAUGUUACCUCCACCAUUUCCAUCACAAAGACCAGAUCCCAGCGAACAGAUACCUCAAGACAGCGAAGACAAGCAGCGAGACAUUCGUUCCAGGUCUUGCUCUGCGGCGACUCUCGAUUUUGAAAGGGCUGAUGCUCAGCGAGGGGACUAUCAGGGGUCUGAGAGGGAUGUUCAGGGGGUUAACACAGAUGUCCUUGAUGGGCAGCCUGAGCUUUUACUUGGAGGAACGACAAAUUCGGCCGAUUGUGCCAAUCAUCCACAGCCAUUCGCUAACUUGGCUAAUGAAGAUGGCUCUAUAUUGCCCCUGGAAUCGUUGCUAGAAGAAUCGAAUCGAGAUGCUAUCAAACUAAAGGAGCCUCAAGAUGGUGAGACAGGUUCACUACGGCCGUACAAGAGGGCACCAACUGCAUCCCGUCGUCGACUGCCUCAGGUUGGGAAGCGGCGAGCAUGGAGUUCGAUCAUCAACUUUGCCGCAUAUGAAGCUAUGCCUACGCCGCUGUUUACUCAGCAGAAGGAGACGAUUCGUUCUGUGACAUACGACGAUAUGAUUGAGGAGAGGGCAGAGAGAAAGGCGAACAAAGAGUAA